CAGCCCUGGUUUAUUUUGGGGAAAAAAUUAAGAGGGAGCAGCAGUGGAGAGACGGGUGAUAAAUUAAUUAGCCACUGCUACCACAUAACCCGCGGCGCUCCGGAUAUAAGAAACUCGUACGCAACUCGCAAGCACUGACCCACCAGUUAUUGCUAGAUUUCCAGCUGCCAACCAGGGUCAAGAUCGCUGCUGCAGCUGCUUUGGGUGCGGAGGACGAUGGCCGAACUGGUGCGGGAUUGGCUGGCGGACUACCAGCGGACGCGGGGCCAGCCGGCCGAGGCGGAGGCGUUCGUUGUGGAGCACGAAACGGACCCGGAGAUCGCCGAGGCCAUCUUCACCAUCUUCAACGAGCGGCAGCGCAAUGAGGCGAUGGUGCACGACAUCUGCCAGCAGCUGCUGGCCUUCUACCGCUCGCCGGAGCUGACGCUGCACAAAUUUCCGCUGCAGUUCAUCCCGGUGCUCAUUUACACGUACCUGCACUCGGUGGCCGGGGGCGAUAAGAAGGCGGCCCGCGGCGUGGAGACGCUACUCAUCUGCAUUUACAACGGCGAGGUGUCCACCGAUGAUGGCGGCCAGCGCGUGGUGGCCUUUCGCAUGCCCAUCCUGGCCCAGACGUCGGUCUACCACGAGCUGAAGAACCUGCCCAUGACGGACCUGCGGCGAUGGGAGGAGAACUGCAACCGGGAGGUCAAAUGGGGUCCGCACCAGCGCAUCGAGUCGAUACAUGCGCAGAACCGCAUGCGUAUCCUUACGGCGCUGCUCUUCUGCUACAACCAGCAGGUUAGCCAGACGCAGAAGUCCUCGCUGCUCCACCUGUGCCGCGUUACGUCGCAGCUAGUCAACCAGGGCUUCACCACGAAGUCGGGGCACGGCCACCGCAUGAGUUAUGGCUCCGAUCCGGUAACGGGAACCCCCUUUCCCAAACCCUCCUCGCCACGCAUUCCACUGUCCGCGGCCUUCCUGAUCGAACUGGUGCACGCAAUCUACUUCGCCAUGUUCAAUGGCUAUGGCACGAUAGCCAUUCAGACGCUGGACGAUAUCCACAACCGGGCCACCUACGAGAUGUACUCGGAGUUGAUACUGGUCACCAGUGCGGUGCGCAACUCGCUGCACGCCAAUCCUUCCGGUCAGCCCAACGACGGCCCCAUGGGCCUCAGUGUGGCCUUGACGCCGGCCACCACGACAGUGACCACAUCUGUGUCCAAAUCCAUGAUAACGAACGCCUCCUUCCGCACGAAAAAACUGCCCGACGACAUACCCAUUCAGGUGCAAGACCUCACCAUGCCGCAGGCGCCGCAGCAGCUGGCCAGCGUGACGGAGGAGGCGGAACCCGGCUCUAAGGAGUCCCCAUCGACAAAGGAGAAGGAGAGCUCCGGCUCGCGUACUUCCAUAAUGCGACCCAGCAUGGAGGGGAUCAAGGCGCAGGCACACAAGGCGCUCAUUGCGGGCUUCAAGAAGUCCAAGGAUAAGGAGAAGGAGAAGGACAAGGAGCCGCCAAAGCCGCCGCAGCGGAAGUUCGACAAGCACACCCAACGCAACUCGUUGCUCCAGCUGCAGGCGGAGAGUCCCAGUGCGAACGCCACCUGUGGGGGGGAUGUGGGCGGUGAUGUGCUGCCCUUGCAGACACUCUCGCUGAUCAACGAGAACGGGAGCAAUAGCUUUAGCGUGGACAGCGACCUCAACGAUGGGGUAAUGGCCGUGAAUGUCACACCCCUGCCCGCGCUGAGCAGCACCACCAACUCGGUGACCAGCAGUGACCUGCUCACCAAGAGCUUUGACUCCAGCAUCGAAAUGGCGCCGCUGGGUCACAGCAGCAGCAACGGCGGCAAGCUGGCCGAGCAUGGCCUGACAGCGACGGCGGCGGCGGAGUAGAGUCUGUGUGUGUAAGCCAAAUCCAAGUAUCAAGAAUAUAUAUAUAUAUUUACAAACAUUGCAAGGGCUAAGAGGGAGGAGCCAGCCGCCCCAACUAUAUAUGUAUUCGCCACCUCAACUACCGCUCGGUAUUAUCCGUAACAGAAGCCGGAGUUGAUUUGAAUUUAUGGAUUAAGGAUCGUUUGAAUUUGUUGAAUUUGCUGAUGGGUUUCCUUAGUUGUUUGUGCGCGCAUGCAUAUGUAUUAUCUAUUGUAUAUUCCAAGGCCCAAUUGUGGGUUAGGCUAGGUGUUGCUAAUGCCUCAAAUUGUGGGAGAAACUGUGCUCCCGGUGCAUUUCACUCGUUUUAGGGCAAGGCAGCAGCAGGCACACACACAUUCGGCCACCAGGCAACUUCAAUUGAAUUCUACAGGUAACCGGAUUAGUUCUGUCACUUAUUAGCAUAUAUAUAUACAUAUAUACAGGCAUGUGUAAACUAAUAUAUACAUACAAAUAUUU